UGUGGGAGAAGCGUGUGUUCAGUUCCUGAGAUUUCUUCAGCAGCCGCUGCUUCUGUGCAUCAUCAAAGCGGUUCACCUGCAGAUCAGUUUCCCGAUCAAAUGCCCUUCUCUCUGCCGGCUUGUCCUCAGCUUGUUUUGCUUUUUCCUUCAAGUUCUUUGUAUGCAAACUCAGCAAAGAUUCUGAGCGUUUAGUAUUCUGAAAAACAAGAAAGAUUGACAUUUUUAGCUUGUAAAAUGCAUGUAUUUUUUCAAGUGAAAUAAUGAAGAAAUUUAACAGGAAAAAUAAUGGUGAUAGAUGGUACAACUUACAUUAUACUUGGACACCUUCUCUGCCAUUUCCAAAUCCUUUUGAGAGAUUUGCGGGGCACUGUCUUUCUCAGCCUCACCUUUUUUCUUUUUCUCAUGGUGUUCCUAAAGAAGAAACUCGCGGCUGCUUUACAGUGAAUUAAAAUUAUACUUCAAACUAUUUUCUGAAAAUAUACAAACAAUACUAAGUAUAACAGUUGUUAGCUUAUCGUACCCUGGCCUUGCGCUCUCUGUCUGCAGGCGUAUCUGUCCAAAUGGACCGGUCGCUCUUCUCCGGACCAGACCUCUUCUUGAAAGUACGAGCCCCCAAACCAAUGUGUUGCAGUUCUGGUGGAAGCUCUGUCAUCCAAGUCUCUCUGGUUGGCACCUCAGGGGUGUCCUAAAAUGCAAUAACCAAUACAGGGAGCACAAAACACUUGAGCCACAGAAGUAGCCUGUCUCUCUUAUGCAUUAACGGAACAGAACCAUAAUUUAUGUAAUUUGUAAUAUUGCCCCUGUCCUAAUACUUGUUUUCCCGGGUGAAAAGGGUCAUUUAAAGGCAAAGCUGGUAAUGGCUGGGAAGACUUGUGAUAAAAAAGGCAAUUAUAAGGGAGCUUUCACUCACAACUCUAGUCAGCUUGUCUCUCAUCAUUUGUGCCCUGCGUUCAAUGUCCAGAGCCACUGUAUUUUCAACUGGGCCUUUGGCUGGCAUGGGUCCAAUAACAUAGUCAACAUCUUCCUCACUGCUGGAGGGAUCAGCCUGAUAGUCUGGGGGUAAGGCAGGUCCUGGUAUACACUCUCCAUCUUCACUGUCGUUAUCAUUAUUAUCAUACACAGCACGGCGGAACCCUGGAGGUAACGCUGGUCCCAGCACAAGUGAUCUGAAAGAAUAUUGAAAAUUCAGCAUCCCCCCUAACUGUUAAUCAAACUUUUCAUAUUAUUAUUAAUUCUUCUGCUGAUUGAUUAAUUCCCAAUUCCCCUGUAUUUAAAGGAUACAUGUGGUCACCUCUCUGGUGAACUUUGUUUCUUGCUAAAACCUGGUGGUAAAGCUGGCCCAAAGAAUCCAUCAUCGUCGUCUUCAGUCUUUUUCAUCUCCACCCUGUUCAAAUGACAAAUAUGGAAGUCUUGUGUAUGUCGACAUGUAUUUUCCCUCUCUCCUCGUCUCAAUGACAUACUCAGCAUGUUUGUUUUCAGUCGUGUGCCCAGUCUUGACUCUUUUGAAGACCACUUCCUCACUUUCAUCCGAUGAGCUGGACGGUUCUCCUCGUUUGUAACCGGGAGGCAAAGCGGGGCCGGCAACUAACAAAUGGAGUCAGAAAACUAUGACUAAAACUGACACUAAGAUAAGUGCUUUCGCUUUAUAAUAAUGGUACUGUACAGUACAGUAUUCUACACGAUGUCCUACUAACACUCACAGUCCCGUUCAUCAUCAGAAUCCUCCGUCCUUCUAAACGCUGGCGGUAGAGCAGGUCCUAUCAAGUCUUGAAACGACAUAUUGACAACGGAUAGUUCAAAAUAUAUUUUCUAAACUGCUUUUACGUCAUUAUACUAAAUGCAACAUACUACACAGCUUCCCGACGGCGAGCCGACAUAUUCAACCUCAUUGCGCAUGCUCCUCUUCGAGAAGACACAGGAAGUUACCUACAAGAAUAAAAUAAUAAACAAGUGAGUUCUAGCACUUAUUUGUAAUGGCAGUUGGAUGACUAUAUAUUCAUAUAUUCAUAAGACACAACUACAUUAAGUUAAGUUAAUUCCCAUGGCCAUUCAUGUAGUCCAAGCAGGUGGCAAAGAGGAUAUUUUAGUUUGAAAGUUACAACAGGAAGUUGUGUUUUCCAACUUCCGACUUCAACUGCUUCACGUUAUUGUCCAGUCUGUACACCGACAGCUAAUAAUAGGUGCUAUAAGGUUCUAAAUGGGUAAAAAGGAGAAAGGAGAUCGAGAGAAAAAGUCCAAAAAGCGUUUCUACGAGGAAGAGGAAGAUGAUGAAGAGAUGGUGGGUGGCAAGCCGCAGGAGGCCAUACCUGCAGCUGCGGGGAAACAGGUGGAUGAAUCCAGUACCAAGCUUGACGAUUAUGGAGCCAAAGAUUAUCGUGUUCAGAUGCUUCUAAAGAACGAUCAUUCGUCACGACCCCUUUGGGUGGCUCCCGACGGGCACAUCUUUCUAGAAGCUUUUUCACCAGUGUAUAAGUAUGCCCAGGAUUUCUUGGUGGCCAUUGCUGAGCCGGUGUGCAGGCCCAACCAUGUCCAUGAGUACAAGUUAACAGCAUAUUCCCUGUAUGCAGCUGUCAGUGUUGGGCUGCAGACUUCUGACAUAGUGGAGUAUCUGCAGAAACUCAGCAAAACUUCUGUGCCUGAUGGAAUUGUUCAGUUCAUUAAGCUCUGCACUGUGAGCUAUGGCAAAGUCAAGCUGGUGCUCAAGCAUAAUAGGUAUUUUGUUGAGAGCACUUUUCCUGACGUGAUUCAGCACCUCCUUCAGGACAAUGUGAUUCGACAAUGUCGCCUCCGUGCUGCAGAUGGCACAGAUGGCGAGCUUAUAACUGAGGUCAUCCACAGCAAGUCAGCGAUCUCCAAGUCUGUUGAUGAAAAAGCAGGCGCCUCCACCUCGCAGCAGCCCACUAGUGGACAAACCUCCGAUCAGCAGGUCCCUGAGGACAUCUUCAGCUACUAUGAGCAGAUGGAUAAGGAAGAGGAGGAGGAGGAGGAGACUCAGGCAGUGUCCUUUGAGAUUCAACAGGAAAUGAUUGAGGAACUGCAGAAGCGCUGCAUUCAGCUCGAGUACCCUCUCCUUGCAGAGUAUGACUUUCGGAAUGAUACACUCAACGCAGAUAUCAACAUAGAUCUGAAGCCGACUGCCGUAUUACGACCCUACCAGGAGAAAAGUCUACGGAAGAUGUUUGGCAAUGGACGUGCUCGCUCUGGAGUCAUUGUACUCCCUUGCGGAGCGGGCAAGUCUCUAGUGGGUGUGACAGCAGCCUGUACAGUCCGCAAACGUUGCCUGGUGUUGGGUAACUCCUCUGUAUCCGUGGAGCAAUGGAAGGCCCAGUUUAAAAUGUGGUCCACUAUCGAUGACUCUCAAAUCUGCCGCUUCACCUCAGACGCCAAAGACAAACCAAUUGGCUGCUCAGUAGCCAUCAGCACUUACUCUAUGCUGGGCCACACCACCAAGCGCUCCUGGGAAGCAGAGAGGGUUAUGGAGUGGAUGAAAAGUCAAGAGUGGGGUCUUAUUAUCCUAGAUGAGGUGCACACUAUUCCUGCAAAAAUGUUUCGACGUGUACUGACAAUCGUGCAGGCACACUGCAAACUGGGUCUCACCGCAACUCUUGUUAGGGAGGAUGACAAGAUUGUGGACCUUAACUUUCUCAUUGGACCAAAGCUAUAUGAAGCCAACUGGAUGGAGCUGCAGAACAAUGGCUACAUUGCCAAAGUUCAGUGUGCAGAGGUGUGGUGCCCGAUGUCUCCUGAGUUUUACAGAGAGUAUGUGGCCAUCAAGACUAAGAAGCGCAUCUUGCUUUAUACCAUGAAUCCCAAUAAGUUCAGAGCCUGCCAGUUUCUCAUUCGCUUCCAUGAAAGGCGCAAUGACAAGAUCAUUGUAUUUGCUGAUAAUGUCUUUGCCUUGAAAGAAUAUGCCAUUCGCCUCAACAAACCUUACAUCUAUGGCCCAACUUCCCAAGGGGAGCGUAUGCAAAUCCUACAGAACUUCAAACACAACCCCAAGAUCAACACCAUUUUCAUCUCCAAGGUUGGAGACACCUCAUUUGACUUGCCAGAAGCCAAUGUUCUGAUCCAAAUCUCCUCUCACGGUGGAUCACGAAGGCAGGAAGCCCAGAGGCUUGGUAGAGUCUUAAGAGCCAAGAAAGGAAUGGUAGCAGAAGAAUACAAUGCAUAUUUCUACUCGCUGGUGUCUCAGGACACCCAGGAGAUGGCUUACUCCACCAAGAGACAGAGGUUUCUAGUGGACCAGGGCUACAGCUUUAAGGUGAUCACACAGUUGGCAGGAAUGGAGGAGGAAGACUUGAUGUUCUCCACCAGAGAGGAACAACAGCAGCUCCUUCAGAAGGUCCUGGCUGCAUCUGAUCUGGAUGCUGAGGAGGAAAUGGUGGUAGGGGAGGUGGGCACUCGGCCACAGUUCUCAAGGCGAACAGGGACCAUGAGCUCCAUGUCUGGUGCAGAUGAUACAGUCUACAUGGAAUAUCAGAGCCGAAGCAGCAAAGCCUCUGUAGCAAACAGAAGCGUCCAUCCACUUUUCAAACGCUUCAGAAAGUAGAUACACUGGUUUAAAUCAAAACAAAUUCUGAUGGCUCAGCAGGUCAGUGAAGACGCGAAUAACAUCUGACAUCUAAUCACCGAAUGCUUCCCACUGAUGGGUGAUUUCACAACGACUAUUGCAUUGACCAUUGUCAUUUGCAUCUGAAAAGAAGUGUCGGGCAAUAUGGAAAUUUCAUCAUUGCGAAACUGUACAUUUCCUUGACUGGUAGUUUAUUUACUUUCCUUGGUGGAUAUUUUCGGUGGAUACCUUGCUACCUAUGUUUGAGUGCUGCUAAUUACCUGGCAGAUUAGGCUUUCAGGCCAUGUGUUAAAAUUAUGGCAAUUGAAUUUACGUAGAUAGUUGCCUUCUCAAGAGCUCGAUAGCAGUAAUUUCAUUCAUGUGUUAGUGAGUGGACAACCAGGCUUGUGUUUGAAAAGCACAACUUUAACCCAAGAUGACUUGAUGAGGUGUUGGGGAAAAAAUGAUUCAACACAAUAAAUUGCUUUUGUUUUUAAGA